AUGGGGGGAAAAGGCGAGGAGACGCGCCGGAGGCUCGCGCUGAGCGAGGCUGUCGUCGAGCGCCUGGAGACCGCGCUCGCGGACAAGUCCAGGGCGCUGGAGGAGUCCGUCGAGAGGGAGCGCGCGCUCGAGGCGACGAUCGCGGAGCUGCGCGCGGCGCCGUCGCGCGACGAGCAGAUGACGGAGAUGCGCGAAAAGCUCGAGGCCGCGACGCGCGAGACCGAGUCGCUCCGAGCGUCCACGCUCGCGCUCGCGUCCACGCGCGCGCCGUCGGACCCGGAAGAGGACGCCGCGCUCGCCGUGCGCGUCGCGACCGCGGAGGGCUCGCUCGCGACCUCGCGCGCGCGCCUGGACGUCGCCGAGACGGCGUUGGCGGAGUGGCGAACGCACGCCGAGGCGCGGGACCCGGCGCGGGCGAUCUGGUACGACGCCGAGCCGACGCCGACGCCGUCGACGACGACGCGCGCGAAGAUCGCCUCGGACGAAUUACGCGACGCGCUCGACGCCGCGCGAAGGGUGUGCGACGCGGCGGAGCGACGGAGCGAGGCGAGUCGAGAGGCGUUGGACCGCGCGAGAGAGUUGGAGGCGUCCACGACGCGGUUGCUCGCCGCCACCUCUCGUUGA